CGAUCCUCCUCGCCCAUGAUUGGCAGCGCGGCGAUCUCCCCUCCCGGCUGGUGCUUCCCUCCGGCCGCCGCUGAAUGAGAGGCGAGGAGGGGCCGGGAAUGCGGAGCCAGCAGCGCGCACAAACGCGCUAUCCCUCGCACGCACAUCGCGGAGCAGUCCCCCGCAGCCCGGCCGGUCCCCGCCGCCCAGCUCCCCUCCUGCCUCCGCCGCUUUAAUUUUUUUUUUAUUUUAUUGUUUUUCCCCCCCGCUUCCUAUCUUUUGGGCGCUUCCCCGCCCGCCCCGCGGCGCGGCGGGCUGCCUCCGCGGGCGCGCAGCGCGGGGCCAUGCCGGCGGGGCCGCCGCUGCUGCGGGGCCCCUUCCUCCUCCUCUUCCUCCUCCUCUUCUUGCUCUUCCUCGGUGCCCCUGCCCGGGGAGCCGUCUACACCAACCAUUUCUUGGUGGAGCUGCACGGCGGGGGCCAGGCGGAGGCCGAGCGGGUGGCGGCGGAGCACGGCUUCGGCGGGGUGCGGAAGCUCCCUUUUUUAGAUACUGGAUACUUCUUUUAUCACAAUGGCAUUGCCAGGGCCAGGAGAAGACGCAGUCUUCAACACAAGCUUCAUCUGGAAAAGGAUUCCAGGGUAAAGAAAGCUGUGCAACAGGAAGGCUUCAGCAGAAGGAAGCGAGGAUACAGAGACAUCAAUGACAUCGACAUCAACAUGAAUGAUCCUUUAUUUACGAAGCAAUGGUACCUAAUUAACACUGGUCAAGCAGAUGGGACUCCUGGACUUGACCUUAACGUAGCUGAAGCAUGGGAGCUGGGAUAUACAGGGAAGGGAGUUACCAUAGGAAUUAUGGAUGAUGGAAUUGAUUAUCUGCAUCCUGAUCUUGCAUCAAAUUACAAUGCCAAAGCCAGCUAUGACUUCAGCAGUAAUGAUCCCUACCCCUACCCCCGCUAUACAGAUGACUGGUUUAACAGCCAUGGGACAAGGUGUGCAGGAGAGGUGUCUGCUGCUGCCAACAACAACAUCUGCGGCGUGGGAGUUGCGUAUAACUCCAAGGUGGCAGGUAUUCGAAUGCUCGACCAGCCAUUUAUGACAGACAUCAUUGAAGCUUCCUCUAUCAGUCAUAUGCCUCAAGUCAUAGAUAUAUAUAGUGCCAGCUGGGGACCAACUGAUAAUGGAAAGACUGUGGAUGGACCUAGAGAGCUAACGCUGCAAGCGAUGGCAGAUGGUGUGAACAAGGGCCGAGGCGGCAAAGGAAGCAUCUAUGUCUGGGCCUCUGGAGAUGGGGGCAGCUACGAUGACUGUAACUGUGAUGGUUAUGCAUCGAGCAUGUGGACAAUCUCCAUCAAUUCCGCUAUAAAUGAUGGACGGACAGCUCUGUAUGAUGAAAGCUGCUCUUCAACCUUAGCCUCCACCUUUAGUAAUGGUAGGAAGAGAAAUCCGGAGGCUGGUGUGGCUACAACGGAUUUGUAUGGCAACUGCACGCUGCGUCACUCGGGAACAUCUGCAGCUGCCCCUGAAGCUGCUGGAGUGUUCGCCUUGGCCCUGGAGGCUAACUUGGAUCUGACAUGGAGAGAUAUGCAGCAUCUGACAGUGCUCACCUCCAAGAGGAACCAGCUUCACGAUGAGGUUCAUCAAUGGCGUAGAAAUGGCGUUGGGCUGGAAUUCAACCAUUUGUUUGGUUAUGGUGUCCUAGAUGCAGGAGCAAUGGUUAAGAUGGCGAAAGACUGGAAGACUGUUCCUGAGAGAUUCCAUUGUGUUGGAGGGUCAAUACAGGAACCUGAAAGGAUACCACCAAGUGGCAAGCUGCUGCUCACACUCACAACCGAUGCUUGUGAGGGGAAGGAAAACUUUGUCCGAUACCUUGAACAUGUCCAAGCAGUUAUAACUGUGAAUUCUACUAGGCGAGGAGACCUCAACAUCAACAUGACCUCGCCCAUGGGAACAAAGUCCAUUUUACUGAGCCGGCGCCCCAGGGAUGACGACUCCAAGGUGGGUUUUGACAAAUGGCCUUUCAUGACCACACACACUUGGGGAGAAGACCCCCGAGGCACCUGGGCUCUAGAGAUUGGGUUUGUCGGCAGUCUGCCGCAGCGGGGCGUGCUGAAGGAGUGGACACUGAUGCUGCACGGGACUCAGAGCGCACCAUAUAUAGACCAAAUAGUAAAAGAUUAUCAGUCCAAACUGGCCAUGUCCAAGAAGGAAGAGCUGGAAGAAGAGUUAGACGAAGCAGUGGAGAGAAGCCUGAAGAGUAUACUGAGCAAGAACUAGUGCUGUUCUGCAUGACGUGUCUUUCCUUCCCCAGAUCCCUCUACUCACCUUUCUACUAUCCAAACCUCUGUGUUAGACAUAUUACAAUGAUCGUCUCUGUAGCCAAAUUAUCACACUUUCUUGAUUUUAAAGUCUUCUAUCUUGUCAAUAGUUAUUUUAAUUACCACUGAAGCAAUCCUUUUUUUACUCUAAGCCACAAAUAUACCAUCCCCCACCAAAUACUAUGUACAGUUUGUGACUGUAAAUGAUUUUUCUUUUGUGUCAUACGAAUAGGUAAUAACCUGCAGAGAAGUUGAUGGCUUUUCCCUUCAUAUUUUUGUGGUAAAUGUUGUUUGUAUUAAAAAAAAAAAAAAAGAGUGAAUUUUAACAUUGGCAGUUGGUGAUAAUGGGCACAUUUUUAAAAAAUAUUGUGAGAGAGGGAAUCACAAAGAGGUUGGCUGGAGAGGUCUUUGAACGUCUAACAGCUCCUUCUGCAUUAUUGUCCUCAGUGGGACUUUCCCCAUUGGGUUCUACCAAAGUAGCACUAGACCCUACAGAAAGAAAUAGUCCAGAGAUGAAGAAAAUUUACUAAUCCAAUUUGCAGAAAUCCAAUUCUUUUGAGAGUUUUCUUUAAUAUAUACACUUACACAACAUCCACACUAACACUUCAGUCGCAGAAUGGGACAACAGGCACGCAAUAAAGAAGGCAAAGUGAUGCCAAAGCCGGGUGACAUGGGGAAGUGCUUUGCAAACAGGAUCAGGGCAUUCUAGAAGCACAAGUUUCAAUUUUGUUUGUUGGCUGGGUUGUUUUUUUUUUAAUUUUGGCAAUUUAAAUCCAUUUACCAUCUGACAGCAGAACGAGCACAUAGGGAAUGAGCUGUAGGAUUUCUGGCAACGUGUGUGCAGAAGUGCAUCUGCUUGUCCCUGUACCAAGAUGUGCUACAGCAGCGUAAGGUGAGGCCGUGUCAGUGUUUCCAACCACAGACCCCCUGUUUUCUGGGGUUUACAACCUGGCCGUCAGUAAAUUGCUGUGGGAGAAAUUUGAAGUACGCAGCUUCAGUCUCAAAGCAAUUUUUUAUUCAAAUUUCAUUUUUAAAAAUAGAGAUUUCUUACUUUUAUGUUAUAUAAGUAUUUUUAAGGGAGAAAACAUGCCUAAGUUAUUAAUGUGUCAUGCAAAGUUGGCCUUCUUGGGAGAUAAGAUGUACUGUGUUUGGGCAGAUUUGUUGGUAAUCGUUGCUCUUUACCUUCGCUUUUCAUACAUGAGUAAAGUCAGUCUCUCUCGCCCUUGGAGUCUGCUUUGGCUAUUGCCGCUAAGACACAACAUCCUCCUCAUGGUAAUUCCUCAUGGUAGCAACCACUACAUGUUCUCAGGUGUGAGAUCCCAAAUUUAACCUUUGAAUAAUAAAGGCUCUUGAUUCUGCAAAUAUUUAGGCACUCGCUUACCUACAGGCCAUCAGUGGACCUACUCAAAUACAAAUUUUAAGCAGGUGCUUUGGAUCUUUGCAGGGUCCAAGAUCUACUUUUUAGCAGUGACUAGUUUCAGAAUUUUAUUAUGUAUUUUUAAUAUGCAGAGUAUUAAUCUAAAACAUUUUAAUAAGAGUUGUCCUGGUUGAUCAGGUGCAUAGUGGUAGAAACACAUUCAGUAAGUAAAUAUUUAUCUAACAAAUUAAAAAUGUAACCCAAAAGUUAUAGGGUGGACACGUUUCACUUAAAGAAUGUAUAAUCGGUACUGUUUUUUCUAGUGAACAUCCAUCUUUUAUCUUUCCAUAAGAGGCCUGUUCUUUCCUUUGCAAAUCCAAAUGACAAAAUAAACAGCUCAACCUACUCAAAGUCUAUGUGAAUUACACUCUAAAGCCAAGACGCACAGCCUCGCACUACUCACAGGUUCCUCGUUGCAUGCAGCAGCCCCUUCAGACCAUCCAGUCACAUUGGGAUAGACAGGCAUCAGCAGGGGAAGAAUCGGGUCCCGGGUGAUUUUUAUUGGGAUAAACAGGUAUCAGCAGGAGAAAAAGCAGGCCCCAGGUGAUUUUUUUUUUAAGAGCUCUUGGUUAUUCCUUCAAGUACAUUGUAGUGCCAACCGUGUUUAAUUUGGUGAUUUAAAACUUAACCCAAGGACGAGAGGGGCCUACUUCAAAGCGUGAACUGGAGUUCAUGAGGCUUGAGCCAAAACUCCCUGAAGUUAAAUGGGUUGGGGACAGGUUUGCUUGUGUCUUUGGAAGUGAACGCAACACGCUGGCGGCAGCAAGCGCUGUGGGUGGCACCCAGAUCCCACAAAAAGCAGCGUAUACAUAUCAGAGGGAAGAAUUUGCCAUAUAUAGAUUUAUAUAUUUAUGCAUACACCUGUAUGUCUAAAUGCAUACAACACACCUGUGGUAUCUCUCUCUCUCUGUGUAUAUAUUACAUACGAUAUGUACAUUCACAGUAUGUUACAUAUAUUUGCUUAUAAAUAUAUAUAGGAUUACAUAUGGUAUGUAAUGUAUAAUACAUAUGCACGCACAUAACUUUGUGUGUGUGUGUGUGUUCCAAGAAAGAGGUAACUGGAAGCUUUUGAAGGACUCUAAAAUGUGGAAAAAGUUUUGGAAUAAGAAAAGUCCAUGUGGACUUUUAAUGAAGUGGACUCUAUUAAAGAAUGUGGACUUUAAAUGAACAUGUACAUGACUUUCCAUUGCAUUUAUGUAAUUUUGCAGUUCUCUGUUCAAUCAUUAAAUAUCUUAUAAAGCAGCAAAAGAACUAGAUGGUUGUUCAUAUUUUCAUAAUGCUGACAUAAUUUAUUAAGUGAAAGAUCACGAUAAUGAGUGAUAUACAGAAAUGGCGAGUUUUGAUAUAAGUAUAUAUAAAACUAAGUGUAUAUAGAGAUCUUCAAAUUCUUCAGGAUUUUUGCAUCAGGGGAUCAAUGAAAAAUAUGUCCAGUUAGACUAAGUUUUUAAGGUAUUGCUGAUGGAAAAUAAAGUUAAUUUGUUAGUAGUUAUAAUAAAGGGGGAAAUGAAGUUGAAACAGGUGAACACUGUUUAACUAAAGCCCUGUGAUGAUGUUUUAUUAUAUGAGUAAAAUAAAGAGCUGUUGCAACCUG